AUGGGGUAUCGGCUUUUUCUGAUCGCCGGCCUUGCCCUGAUAUUUGCAGUUCUCGUCAUUAUCGAGAAUAUUGCGCUUCUGGCAACAACGACGGUCGGGCCGACCUCCUUAAGUAUCCUCUUGCUCCCAUACUUCUUGUCGUGGAUUCUGCUCUUCUUUGCUGGGUUCUUUGGACGGAUUGCCUAUGAAUUGCACAAGGAUAAGGCGAGGAAGCCGCAGCCGGUUGAUGGAUGCGGACCCACAUGGACGAGUGAUUCCCGCCCCUGCACUCCAUCUGUAUACGAUAUUGAAACCCACUCCCAGUGCUCGCAGGAUACUUUAAUCCAUGGCGACAGCUUGAACGGCUCUUUUUACCAAGCCCACAGCCCGCAUUAUAUCCCGGAGGAAAACUCGCGAAACCAUGACCUGCCCCCAGGAUAUGAGGAGGUCAUGUCGCGUCGAAUGUCCGGAGGUCGUGCGGUUUCCGCUCCUUGUGCCACCCUGAGCGUUGGAACCCAGCGAGUUUCGUUUUUUUCCAACAGCCAGCCGCCCAGCCCUGGAGGGCCGAGGGUU